AUUGCAUUCUCUUCAGGUGUGCCGAUACAAUCAACAAGCAGUAGAGACCCCAGAUGGUAGUUUCGCAUGUGUGAAUUGCUUGAAAUGCCCCCCGGGAUCGGGUGUAACGAUCCCAUGCGGUAACAAGAUAUCCCACGGUGCCUCUGCCAAAUGCCAGACUUGUGCCUCAGGUUAUUAUUCUGAAUUCUACUCAUCUGAGAGCUGUAAGCCCUGUUCAACUUGUGGCCCUAAUGAAAUCAUGGUAACAAGAUGUAGUAAAACCUCAAACACGCGAUGUAAAUGCAAGCCAUGCCCAGAAGGGUAUUACCAAGACCAAACCUUGUCCAAAUGCCUUCCUUGUUCAGGAUGUUGCUCAGGAGAAUUGGAUAUGGUGGUUCCAUCGUGUCUCAAGCAAGGAAUGCCUCGCACCCAAGCAUGUAGCUAUCACAGGAAAAAACCCUGUUUGGCGAAGUGCUGGUAUGAUGAGAUUACAGUUGUGAGGAAUGAUGGCGAACAGAUCUGUUUACCCUGUCCUGCUUGUUCAGACGAAUUUGGUCUGACCAAACCAUGUGGAAGUUUCGUGACUGAUGGUGCAAUACCCAAGUGUGAACGUCCAAUGGUAGGGAAAACAUUUGUUAAUCGACAUGGUACUUUACAGUCAUGUAAAAUCUGUGCUAUUGGCCAAAACAUUGUCGCCAAUUGCUCAACCAAAUCGGAUACCAUAUGUGGUGGGUGCGAACCAGGAUUUUAUUUGAAUGACCAGUCAAAUGCUUGUGAAGAAUGCUUCUGGUGUUGUAACCAUAAGGAUAGAAAGAGUUUUAUGGACUGUAUGAAAGAGGUAAUGAUGUUGAAAGAGCCUUUUAGUGGGCUUGGGCUUCAUCUGCUUUUUUCGUCCAUUGCUCUGAACAGUCAAUCUGGUCAGUUGCAAACUGCAAAACAAGAAAGCUCUCUGGUGGAAUGUGUCAAACUUGAUGCUUUCACAGCCACUUUAAUAGGUCUGUGUGUUGCCCUGAUUGUGUAUCACAUCUCUAAAAGACAAGGGCAAACUUUGAAAGGUAAAGGUCAAUGCCCAUUUUUAAAUAAUCUUGAAAAAGGACACAGUUUAUCAUUGGAAAAGAAAGACCCUUCUGAAAGUACAGAAACCACUCAAUCCACACCUUCAGGUAUUAAGAAAGUGGAGUGGGAGCAUCCAAACCGAUAUGGCCCAGGUCAUGUGGUGUUUGAAAAGACAGGGGUUGAGGCUGUUAUCCUUGACAGUAAUAAGUCUACCCUUCAACAAGUGCCAAGCGAUUUGGUGUUACAUGCCACAUCAGAUAAGCUGAAUUUACCAGGAUUACUUAAGGAUGGUGAAUUUCCACUAAGUCCAGCAUUUUAUCUUGUCACAAGGAGCAAGUUAACAGGACCCCUUGAGCUUCAGAUACCUCAUGGUGCAAACAUGGUGCUAUCUUGUAAUAAGUGGAAAAUCAUUUUGAAGGAGUUGAAAAACAAUGAAUGGGUUGUUGUAAGCUAUGUGAAGGGUAGUGGAAUAAAAGAAUUCUUCCCCAAAAGCAACCAUGUUAGUUUUGAGACAGACCAUUUUACAACAUUUGCAGUGGUUGGACACUGUGAAGAACAGUCCUUACCAGUACUCAAAAGAAUGAAGGUCAUGGCAUUUUGUAAUGACACCAGAGUUGGAGAAGACCUUGUUGUGAGGCUGUAUUGCUUUGAUGAUUGUGAGUGGUCAUUUGAGAAUCUUUUGAGGGAGGAGAAAAAGAAAGGAGGAAAGUUUAUGUCAUCAGUGGAAUCUCUUGAUUUUUCUCUUAGUCACAGAGAAGAUGUUGAAAUUGUUGUAAAGGAUGUUGAUGGCUGGAAGCUAAAGAAUGCUUGCCCAAUGAAAAUGAGCUAUGCAUCAGUGAGGAACUCUUUCAGUACAACUCCCAGAUGCAAUCUGGUAUUUAGCCCUGCAUCCAGUGAAAAGAAAAACGGCUUUUUUUCCACCAUUGUUUUGACUCAGGCAUCCUCUCAAACUGUAGUGUAUGCAAUCACUGCUAUUAAGAAGGAUCCAAUCUGUUAUGAAAACCAGAGCAUGUUUCCAAAUGCUGUGAAUGAAGGAAAUCAAGUCACAAGUAUCGCAGAUAUCACUGUUGCAAACAGUAGAAAGGGAAAAGAGCAAGACUUCACUGACUGUAUUGUUCAGUUAAAAAGCUUCAUAUUAAACCUGAUGGUCUUCAGAAAUUAUGGGUUUCAAAACUUGAACUUUAGCCAUCAUGAACUAGAUGUAUUACACUGAGUGUCAUAUUGUCUCUAUUUGACUGUGCAACUAGUUUAAACUAAGAACUUAGAUGAAAGAGUGUUUUUGAAAAGUGAACAUGAUUAGUUUUUACACAGAAAAUUGAAUGUGAGACUCUUAGACUUUUAGAUCUGAAACUCAACUCCUACUUAGUAUAUUUAGUUAAUAUUCUUACAUCAUAAGUAGUAGUUUGCCAUCAAAACUGUAAAGGGUAUGGCCUAUUAGGUUCUGAACAUAGGAUAUUGUACGUUAUCUAUCUAAAGCUAAUGAUUGUAUAGAUUAAGUGGGAGUGAUCACUUGUAUGAGUAAUGUUUGAUAACCACAAAAGCCAGUGUGAUAAAGUAUUGUGCUAAGUGGUGAAACGAACAAUGAAGAGAGCAUUCAUUCACACUAUAAAGUAAUUUUAGGUUGUUAUGUUUAUUCUGAUCCAUUCUCAAGAACGGAGUUCUUGUUUGGCGAGCAUGACGUAAUUAACCAUAACUGAAAUUUCAUCAAUAUGGUUACAUUCACAUUUACUUAUUUACUCUCUGUCUUCCAUGUAACUGAAAACGUUUCAAC